CGUUAACUCGAGGGAGGAGAAACGACCCCUGAGCGACAGCACACGUCGCUCCGCCGAGAUUCUAUCCUCCCCCAAGACUAAACAAGGGCGGCUAAGAGACCUUCCGUUGCAUAAAGCCCGCUCGACCCGGAAACAAAACCUUUUAAAAACUCUCUCAGAGGCGGGAGGAAUUGACGCGUGCGGAAGAACCGGCAGCUUCACCGUUGCUAGGCGACGAGGCAGCCUCACCUGCGCGCUCUCGGGACCAAGAGCUAGUGGAGCUGUGUUCCCACGUCCGAGGCUGUGACUGAGAUCAUGUUACCGUCCAAGAGUAACGUUCUGCCUACUUCUCCCCUCCUGGACAUGGCUUUGUUUUGUUUGCUAUACUGUGAUGGAAUUGCAUGUUGUUCUCCUUAUACCCUCACUCUCUAAGCUUUCUUUCCUCCUCAGAGCAGUCAAAUAGCUGGCUUCAGAAGACAGGUGACUGCAGAACUGACUGCUUUGACAGAAGACAGUAUUCUGCAAUUUAGUAAGAAAGAGAGAAAGCUGUGGCAUGUUUAUUUCUACUGAAUUGACUUAAAACAGAAAUUCAGGUGUUGUUUCCUUUUAGACAGAGAUUUCCUCUGCUGUCAGAUGUCUUUCUGCUUGACUGAACUGCACCUGUGGUCCCUGAAAAGCACCUUGCACAUUGCGGAUAGAGACAUCGGCGUCUACCAGUAUUAUGACAAGAAAGAUCCACCAGUAUCAGCAACAGAGCAUGGUAACUUAGAAGAAAAACAAAAGCUGGCAGAAUCACGAGAUUAUCCUUGGACACUCAAAAAUAGACGCCCAGAAAAACUUCGAGAUUCACUGAAGGAGUUGGAGGAACUGAUGCAAAGCAGUCCCUGUGUGCUGAGCAAAUGGAAGAGCAAAUACAUCUGUCAGCUCCUCUUUGGUUCAGGUGUGCUGGUGUCCCUCAGUCUUUCUGGGCCUCAGCUGGAGAAAGUGGUGAUUGACAGAAGCCUGGUGGGGAAGCUCAUCGCAGACACCAUCAGCGAUGCUCUCCUUACAGACAGUUUCAUCAUCUUAUCAUUUCUGGCACAAAACAAACUAUGCUUUAUUCAGUUUACAAAGAAGAUGGAUUCUCUUGAUGGAAACAAGAGGCUGGAAAAACUCUCAGCCUUGGACUUUAAGAUUUCCUAUUAUGACAUACCUGGCCCAGCCAACAGGACAAUAGAUCGUCACUUAGCUGUCAACUCCACUCAGGAUCUAGUUGUUUGCUGGUGGCCACUGGUCAGUGAUGAUGUUUGGCCUUGGACUCCAGUUUCUUCUGAGAAGGACAGAGCCAAUGUGCUGCUGCUGGGUUUUACUCAAGGAGGGUUGGAGGUUCUGAGUUUCGUUCGCACAGAAUGGAGUCCUCUGGAUGUUCACUUUGGCACCAAACAACCUUAUCAGGUGUUCACAGUGGAGUGCUCCGUCAGUGUAGACAAGGAGCCCAUGGCUGACAGCUGUAUUUAUGAAUCUGUCCGGAACAAACUCCAUUGCGUGUCAGUUACCAGAAUACCACUAAGAUCGAAGGCCAUCAGCUGCUGCAAGAACUCCACGGAAGACAAACUGAUCGUGGGCUGUGAAGACUCUUCGGUAAUUCUCUAUGAAGCUCACCGUGGUGUGACUCUCCUGGCCCAGGCUGAACUUAGGCCUUCAUUAAUAAGCUGCCACCCAAGUGGCGCCAUUCUUCUGGUUGGCAGCAACCAAGGGGAGCUACAAAUUCUUGAUAUUGCUCUGUCCCCUAUCAACAUCCAGCUCUUGGCAGAAGAUCGCUUACCGAAGGAGACUCUGCAAUUCAAUAAGUUCUUUGAUGUUUCAAGCAGUCUUGUUCAAAUGCAGUGGAUGGCUCCUCCUGUUGUUUUCCAAAAGCCUAAAAGAGGAGAAAUCUGUGAUCUCCUCUUCCUCAGGUUCAACAGAGGACCUUUGGGUGUGUUGUUGUUUAAACUUGGUAUUCUCACAGGAGGACAGCUGGGCCUGGUAGACCUCAUCUUACAGUACAUUCACUGCGAUGAGGUAUGUGAGGCCAUCAGCAUUCUGCGCAGCAUGGACUGGGACACCCUGGGCCAGCAGUGUUGGAUCGGCAUGAGCACCAUCGUGAACCAUCUUCUUAGACAGAGGCUCACGCCAGAGAGAGAAGGUUUGCAGAACAUAACUGACUGCAGACACGAGGAUUCUGCUGUAAUUGAAGGAGUGUCUCUUGCCUUAGUGCUGCUGUGUUUGUAUUCCACAGCACAGCUUGAGGCAAGCCUUGGAACCUUCUAUGCUCCAACAAGACCACUUCUGGAUACAACUAUUUUGGAAUAUAGAGAUCCGGUCAGCAAGUAUGCCAGGAGGCUCUUCCACCAUUUGCUCAGGUACAAGAGGUUUGAAAAGGCCUUUCUUCUAGCUGUUGACAUUGGAGCUCGUGACCUGUUCAUGGACAUUCAUUAUCAUGCUCUGGAUAUGGGUGAACUGGCACUGGCUGAAGUGGCGAAAAGAAGGGCACAUGAUAUUGAUGUUGAGUCAGUAUCCUCUGGAGUCGAGUUCCUGGGGCCCUUGGACAGAAGAGAUGUGCGGAAUGAAGGUUUCACCAGCUCAGCUCUAGCACCCGAAGGAGAAAACAUACUUCCAGGCCUUCUUCCUUCCAUUGGUUCAACACACAUACAAACUCUUCAACAGAAAAUACCAAAUGGCCCUUCAAGCAGAUGGACAAUUGAGAGAGGGACUGAGGAAGAGGAAGAGGAGGAGGAGGAAGAGGAGGAGGGAGAGGAGGAGGAGGAAGAGGAAGUAUGCACUGAUUCUUCAGUGGCCACCACCUGGAAUGCAAAAGGAGAACUGAAAGAACACCAAAGGAAACAGGACAUUGGAGAUGUUGGUUCUCUCAGAAUGGUUCACUUUGGUUUGGUGUAAAUCAUCAGAAACACCAAAAAGAAAGCUGCCCUUUUCAUUUCUUUUCUAUUGACCUGAUCAAUAAAAAUGUUCAUGUGUGGAUUUUAAUAGAAGGAAAGAGAGUAGUACAAGCAGCAUCGCAUAACUGAC